CGAGAUGUACGGAUGUACCGUGAACGAUCUUAGCCGUCUGUCAAUUCAGACAUCAUCAAACAAAAAACACUUGGUCCUAAGUAAUUUGUAAUUUGUAGUUUUAUUGCACACGAAAAUCUGUUAGUUUACACUGUACAUCAGGUCAAGGAAAGGAACAUGAAUUUUGUGCAGGAACAUAACCAGGUUCUCUACGUCUGGAGUGGAGCACUUAGCACAGGCAUUGAACAAGAAGUAAAUCAGCUGAAAACCGUGCCAAACGUUAGAGUCAACGUUGAAAAUGCUGACCGUGUUCAACUUGCGGACUACGAGCAAUCCCAGUUCGAUGUAAUCUUGGCUAAUGUUCCUACAGGAAACUCGCAAUUGGUGUGUCAUUUGCUGAAGCUGGUGAAACCAAAGGGGAAAGUUGUGUUCAAGGAUGACUCAGCUAAUACCGAUGCAGCACGUUCUAAUCUACUGCUAUCUGGUUUCAUCAAUAUUACAUCAAUAGAGGGAAACGUGUACGUUGGCGAGAAACCCAACUACGAAGUGGGGUCCGCAACCAAGCUAUCGUUUGCGGCUAACAAGGCUAAAGUAGCUGCCGUUUGGAAACUUGAUGUUGAUGAAGAAGACGACCAAAUCGAUGCCGAUGAGUUACUGGACGAUGAGGACAAGAUUAAACCAACUGCGGAAUCAUUGAGAGUUUGCGGAACAACUGGAAAGCGUAAGGCUUGCAAGGACUGCUCGUGUGGACUUGCUGAAGAACUUGAAGCGGAAACAAAAGGAUCUGCUUCUCAAAGCACUGCAAUUAAGUCAUCGUGUGGAAGUUGCUAUCUAGGCGAUGCUUUCCGCUGCGCGACCUGUCCUUACUUAGGAAUGCCUGCAUUCAAACCCGGAGAGAAAAUUCAGCUUUCCGAUACACAGAUGCAAGCUGAUGUUUGAAAGACUAUUUAAAUUUACUUUUUGUUGUAACAUUGUAUUGAGAAACAGUUACUGGUUUCGUAUGAACUGUAAAGAGACACUUGGUUGUAGAAUUCCAAAUAUUUAAUUUUAAAACGA